AUCAACAACACACACGGCCUGAUGAAAAAAAACAUGACAGGACGAUACUCUUUUUUUCACCAGAGAUAGCAGCGGGACUUCUUCAGACCAGCAAAGCUGUUGAGGUUUAGAGACAACCUCCUCGGUAGUUGUUUCAGAAGUGCAUUCUGGUCGUUUUAAACCCUAGACCCUGACUUGAUAUUUAAAAAUCUUCAUCUAAAAGUGAAUCAAAAUGGAUCGUAGAGCCAAACAUGGGCUUGGCCUUUUGGACCAGUUGAGGAAGAUGAGAGAGACUGAGAAUCUGACAGACGUCGUACUGGUCGCUGAGGACAUCAGCUUUCCUUGCCACCGGGUCGUGCUGUCCGCCUUCAGCCCCUACUUUCGUGUUAUGUUCACCUGUGGCCUUCGUGAAUGCAACAGCAGAGAUAUAUUCCUGCGCGACACACCGGCGGACAGCCUGGCUCUGCUCUUGAACUACAUGUACACCUCGGACCUCCCGCUCACCAACGCUAAUGUACAGGGAGUCUCCAUUGCGGCAUUCCUCCUCCAAAUGGAUGACGUUUUCACCUGCUGCCAGAUGCACAUGACAGAGAACAUGGACGCCUCCAACUGCCUGGGGGUGUAUUAUUACGCCCGUGAUCUGGGCGCAGAGGAGCUGGCUGACCACGCUCAGCGCUUCCUGCGGCAGCAUUUUGUCCAAGUCUGCCAGAAUGAGGAGGUCUUGGAUCUGGAGGCCUUUCAGCUGGGAAAGCUGCUAAGCUCCGACGACCUUAACGUUUCACGAGAGGAGACCAUCCUGGAUGUGGUCCUGCGCUGGGUCAAACACAACACUCUGGAGGAGGGACGCAGCCAGCACCUCCCAGAGCUCCUGAGAAAGGUCCGUCUGUCCCUGGUAGACCCCAUCUAUCUGAGAGAGGUGAUGAAGCGGAACACGGCCCUGCUGGCCGAUGCCGAGUGCCUGGAGAUGCUAAAAGAAGCACUGGAGGCCACGAUGAUGCACCCUUCGGCCGCACCGCGCAGAUUGAAGUUGCGGUACGGCAUGGAGACAACGAAUCUGCUGCUCUGUAUCGGUAAUGACAGCGGUGGGAUUAGGUCGCGAUAUAGUAACUACGCUGAACGCAGCUUUUGCUAUGCCCCGUCCACAGGCCGAACCUACUACAUCACAUCUCCCCGCUACGGGGACGCUCUUGGGUAUGUCUGUGCAGGUAUUGUAACUGCAGGAAAUGACAUUAUAGUGGCUGGAGAGGCAGGCGUGCGCAGAAUGGCUCGACAGAAGGAUUUGAAGGUGGAGAUUUUCAGGUACAAAGUGGAGGCCCAAGGUAGCUGGGAGUGCCUGACCUCAGCAGAACACCGCGACUCCUUCGCACUAGGGUCACUGGGUGACACCGUGUAUCUGCUGGGUGGGCUGAUGAAGCUGAAGAACCAGUACCUCAUCACUAACUGUGUGGAGCGCUGGUCUUUGCAGGGUGGACCCUGGCGCAGUGCAGCCCCACUGCCCAUGCCUCUGGCUUAUCACAGCGUGGUCACGCUCAAAGGUCGCCUCUAUGUGAUGGGCGGGCGAACUCCACAGUCCCACCGGAUGGACGAUGAGCCUGACCACCUUAGUAACCGCCUUCUCGAGUAUGAUCCAGACAAAAAUAAGUGGACAGAGCUGGGUCCAAUGAAGUACUCAAAAUACCGUUGCAGUACUGUGGUGCUCAAUGGUGAAAUCUAUGUCAUAGGAGGCAUCGGCUGUGAGGGUAUGGACCGCGGGCAGUCUCGUCGAUGCCUUGACGUUGUCGAGAUCUACAACCCGGAUGGGGACUACUGGAGGGAUGGGCCCCCUCUCCCGUGUCCCCAGCUGUCACUACGCACCAACGCCUCGAACGCAGGAGUGGUGGGAGGCAAGCUAUACACGUGUGGCUACUACAAAGGAGCAGACCGUCAUGAUGACUUGAUAAAGGACGUCUUGGAGCUGGACCCAUGGGAGAACCGUUGGACAGUAGUGGCGCGGCGUGCUCUUAUGCAUGACAACUAUGACGUCUGCUUGGUGGCAGAACUCAACCCUCGGGGACUCAUGUCUCCACCUGCAGACUUAGUGAGUCAGUGACUCCUCUGUCCAAUCUUACCACAUCUGCUUGUUUAGAGAGAGUUGCUAGGCAAGUAACGCAUUAGGGCCAAAAGUGGCCACUCCCCCAGCACUUAAGCACUGCAUGGAUACUGAGCUGCGGCUGGUCGCUUGCACUUUCAUAGUAAUGGGAAGAGGAGAAUGGUAAAAUCAGAACUUUAUACAUAUUUUCGUCACUUUAUUACUUCGUGCUAUUGUGUAGUACCCACAGCAAAGCUUAGCCUACACCGAGCAAGCAGCUGUGAUGGUCAUAGGGAAACGAACCCCAUGAAAUAAUUUCAACAAGCAACCAUAUAGCCUACUAUAAGCCACAAAUGAGACAAAAUGUGGAAUAUUGUACUACUGUGUGUAAUCCGAGCCUGAUGGGGGGUAAUUGCUGUAAAUGGUGAAAACGUUGAUGUAGUCUUGUCACAUCAGGCUGUCAGUAAAGUUGAUUCAGGCUUUAUUUUGACAUGGACAGACAUAAUGGCUUCAAAUUGAAAACACGAAUAUUCAAACGUGUUAUCGUGUCAACUUUUUUUUUAAUGUUUUAAUACUAAAGGGUAGUUUGGCAUUAAGUAUAUCAGUAAUGAUGACUGAAACAAGAAAGUAUCCCCCCCCCUUGAAUUUUGACAAUUUGUUCUGAUGCACCUCCACAUUUUAACGCAUCGUAUGAAGUUCUUUCCCUUGACUAACACAAUAAAUUCAACGUAUUUGGGGCGGCACAGUGGCCCAGUGGUUAGCACUGUUGCCUCACAGCAAGAAGGUCCUGGGUUCGAACCCCAGCCCGCCCCAGGUCCCUUCUGUGUGGAGUUUGCAUGUUCUCCCUGUGUCUGCGGUGGGUUUCCUCCGGGUGCUCCGGUUUCCUCCCACCAUCAAAAAGACAUGCAUGUUAGGGUUAAUACUCCUGCCUGUGCCCCUGAGCAAGGCAAUGGAAAGAAGAACUGGAGUUGGUUCCCGGGCGCUGCAGCUGCCCAUUGCUCCUAUACAUUAGGAUGGGUCAAAUGCAGAAGACAAAUUCAUUGUAACUGUACAAUGACAAAAUAAAGUGUCUUUCUUCUUCUUCUAUUUGUGAAGCAAGAAAGUUUUUCAUUCAAGAUGUUUUUUUUUCUUCAAAAAUUAAAAACUUACUUUGCUCAUAUUAAAUUUGCUAAAAUGGAUUUUGUGGCGCGGCACGGUGGCGCAGUGGUUAACGUGGUCGCCUCACAGCAAAAAGGUCCUGAGUUCGAGCCCUGGGGUAGUCCAACCUUGGGGGUCGUCCUCUGUGUGGAGUUUGCAUGUUCUCCCCGUGUCUGCAUGGGUUUCCUCCCACAGUCCGAAGACAUCUAGGUCAGGUGAAUCGGCCGUACUAAAGUGUCCCUAGGUAUGAAUGUGUGUGUGUGUGUGUAUGUUGGCCCUGUGUGAUGGCCUGGCGGCCUGUCCAGGGUGUCUCCCCGCCUGCUGCCCAAUGACUGCUGGGAUAGGCUCCAGCAUCCCCGCGACCCUGAGAGUGGUUCAGAAAAUGGAUGGAUGGAUUUUGUGGCGCUACUAGGAAAGUUCAGAUUUUGCUAAUCUUUUUUUUAUUUUGUUAAUUUUGCACCAGCCUUUUGCCACCUAACCAGUUCACCCCAUAGUUUUACAGGUGGUUCAUUGGUCUUCAUGACAGCAGGACUGAUCUGAUCUGCUGUUAAGGCCGUGAGACCUCACAAGUCAGUGGAUUUUAUCAGUCAUGCAAUUUAACAUAAGUGUAUUCAAAAUCGACAUAGGUGGACUUGUUGACGUAUUUAGUGAUCUUUGAUGAAAACUGAAUGUGCUUGGCUCAAUUUAAGCUGUUUUUGCAAAGGGGUGAUUUCAGAUCAAUUAAUUUUAAGGUCUUUAUUUUCAAUAAUUCUGAAGACAUCUAAGCAACAUGGGCUGUGCAAAAUAUGUGACUGCAAAGGCCCUUGCGCCUGGCUUGCAAUCCUGUAGUUGUUUUUUUUUAUAUAUAUAUUUUUUAUGACUGUUCUUAACCCAACAUUCUUCUAAAAUUAAAUUCCUUUGUGUCAAUUCCAUUAUGCAUAGUCAAGCUCACAUGAAAAAAAGUCCAACAAAUUAUUAUGGUUUUACUUUUUUGAUAUUGGGUCGUUGCGUAGUGCGUGCUCCAUCUCGCUGCUCACUGUGAGGAAGAAGAGCGGGAAACAAUGUCGGCUGCACGAGAGCUCGACCCAUUUCGUAAAUAUGAGUUGGGUGCUGAGAAAAGGAAAAAAGAUUAAAAAGAAGUUAGAAUUUCUUUCAUAAGUCACUGUGAGGAUUGCUGGAUGAGUUUGUCAACACUUCCAGAGAUGUGGUGGCUGAGUAGGUGUCCAAAACUAGCGGGUGCAUGUGACUGUGACCGUAGGCUACGUGUAGUGACCAGUCUGAAAAAUGAUCUAAAAUCUGAAUGAAAUGUAAGCUAUAGACCUUAAAUAUUGAAUUGUAACGUACUGUCAUACUUCAACAUGCCAAAAUAAAGUCACAGGUGAGCUGACUUGAUGAUGUAAAGCCAAUAGUUUUACAGCUGAUUUUUUUUCUUUUUGAAAGACUAUAAUAGCAAAGUCAUAGCUGAAACUAUGUGCAGGAUGAUGCUGCAUUAUUCUACCUGUUAAAAAUGUAUUGCACUGAGAUUAGCAUUCAGUAGAACUAGAAUAGCUGCCUGCAGAACUAGAAUAGCCACGUGCAGUUGGACUAGAAUAGCUGCAUGCAGUAGAACUAGAAUAGCUGCAUGCAGUAGAACUAGAACAGCUGCGUGCAGUAGCACUAAAACAGCUGUGUGCAGUAAAACUAGAAUAGCUGCCUGCAGUAGAACUAGAAUAACUGCCUGCAGUAGAACUAGAAUAGCUGCAUGCAGUAGAACUAGAACAGCUGCGUGCAGUAGAACUAGAAUAGCUGCGUGCAGCAGAACUAGAAUAAUUGCCUGCAGUAGAACUAGAAUAGCUGCUUGCAGUAGAACUAGAAUACCUGCGUGCAGUGGAACUAGAAUAGCUGCGUGCAGUGGAACUAGAAUAGCUGCGGCAGUAGAACUAGAAUAGCUGCGUGCAGUAGAAUUAGAAUAACUGUGUGCAGUAGAACGAGAAUAAAUGCCUGCAGUAGAAUAUACUUAGCACAAAAAGUAAGGAAAUGUGUGUUUGGUAGAUUAUAUCUUUGUUGUAACAAUGCUUCUUGGCAAUAAGUCUUAUACCGUUGGAAAGCCUGUUUAUUCCCCUUCUAAAUGGUGCCACAUUUGUAAGGAAUAUGCAUUUGUGAGAUGAGCAGCAGAGCUGAGUAUGUGGGUUGUGCCCAUGAAAAAUUUGCCAAAUCUUCUCUGCCAAUGUCAAACAGCUUAUUUUGCUGUUGCUAUUGACUCUUGUUUUGAGCUUCUGGUACCCCAGGUGCUGACAAUCAGGUGCCUGAUAUAAGAUUUAUUGCCAAGAAGAGUUGUUACAACAAAGAAAUAAUCUAUCAAACACAAAUUUACUUACUUUGUGUGCGAAGUUUAGAAUAGCUGCGUGCAGUAGAACUAGAAUAACUGCCUGCAGUAGAACUAGAAUAGCUAUGCGCGAGACCGUGAUUCAUGCACAUGCAUGUCAAUGAGCAGGGCCUCGCACCCCCCUGCGACAGCCCUGAAUCUAUGUAUUAUUUCAAUUUGACAUAGAUCAUUACUUAAUACUGUUAGAUAUUUAAUAGGUGUAGAGGUAAAAUCCCAUUUAAAUCAUAAUUCAAUAUUUUGAUUUACCUUUACAACACAGCGAGAAAUAAUGAAAUGGGGGGGGGUAGUUUGUGAGUUCACUAGAGUUUAUUUAGGCAGUUCAACGCAGCUCUCAAAACUGCCGUAAAAAAAGCAUUUCCUUGGAAGUCUUGUUAUUGAGAUCUGCUAAUAGAUAUUGUAAGUUUUCUUUCGUUCAUGAAGUGACUUUUCUUUUUCUGUUCUGUUCACAAAUUAAAAAUCUGUUGUUUACAAAUGUAGGAAUUAUGUGGGAAGGUUUGGUGUGGAUUUCACUCUUGUCAGCUUUUGCAUUUCUUAGUAAGAAUUAGUCUUAUAUUAACUUUUUAGUGCAAUGAAUAUUAAACGUGUUGGGCAAAUGGCUGAUGCAGAAAAAAAGCGUUUUUCAUUGUUCUAGUUAUCUCAUCUACACAAGUUCGCUGUCCUUCAAUGAUUAAAGAAUAUCUCAGUUGU